AAUACAUCAUACAGGGGUUCGAAACAAUCUAUUUUUAACUCCAAGGACGAAUUGACCGGUCUUCUUCUGUAAUCCGAGGCAGCAGCAUGUCAGUGAAUUUGAGCUCCGUGUUAAUUUCUGACGAGAUUGACCAGAAAUGCGUCGAUGUACUUCAGGAAAAUGGAAUUAAAGUGCUGAAAAAUACUAAACUCUCGAAGGAGGAGUUGCUUAAAGAAAUUCCAAAUCAUGGCGGACUGAUUGUUCGUUCAGCUACCAAGGUCACUGCUGAUGUCAUAGCGGCUGGGAAAAGGCUGAAGAUCAUUGGGCGUGCCGGCACAGGGGUGGAUAACAUCGACUGUGAUGAGGCCACCAAAAGGGGAAUCAUUGUCAUGAACACACCUGGAGGAAAUACUCUAAGUGCAGCAGAACUAACAUGUACACUCAUCUGCUGUGUAGCCAGAAAUAUACACAAUGGUGAUCGAGCUAUGAAGGAGAAAAAAUGGUCAGAACGGAAGGCCCUGAUGGGAUGUGAGCUUCAUGGAAAGACUCUAGGAAUUGUGGGAUUGGGUCGUAUUGGGAAAGAGGUGGCACUGAGAAUGCAGUCAUUUGGAAUGAAGACCAUUGGAUUUGACCCUAUCAUUCCUGCAGAAGUCAGUGCAGAGUUUGGAGUGCAGUGGAUGCAGCUUGAAGAGUUAUGGCCCUUGGUGGAUUUCAUUACUGUGCACACACCACUUAUUCCACAAACAAGAAAUCUAAUUAAUGAUGAAGUGUUUGCAAAGUGUAAGAAGGGAGUGAAAGUAAUAAAUGUUGCCCGAGGGGGCAUUAUAGAUGAGGAGGCCCUCCUGAGGGCCCUGGAGUCAGGGCAGUGUGGAGGGGCAGGCCUGGAUGUGUACACAUCUGAACCACCUAAAGAUUUUACGUUAGCCCAACACCCUAAGGUGGUUGCCACACCCCAUUUGGGGGCCAGCACUUCAGAGGCUCAAAAGAGGGUAGCCAUUGAAAUAGCAUUGCAAUUUGUAGAUCUUGUCAAAGGGAAACAACUCUUUGGUGCAAUCAAUGCAAAUGCCAUGACCAAUGCUUUGUCUGAGGAGUCUAGAGCAUGGGUGACCUUAGGUCAGAGGCUAGGUGAACUGGCAGGGUGUGUCGGGGGUCAAGCCACAGGAAAUAUCAAGGUCACAGCAUUAGGUUCUUCUUUAAAACAAGCUGGCUCCUACCUUGGUGCAGCUGUACUAGCAGGGUAUCUGACAACAAAACAAAAACCCGGUGGUGAUGGUGUGACAUUAAAUUUGAUCAACGCUCCAGCAAUGGCCAAAGAACAAAAUUUACAAGUGGAAUUUUUACAAGCUGACCAAUGUCCUGGAACAUACUCAGCCAUGGUGAUCAUUGGACUUAGCGACGGUUUCCAGGCAUCAGGGACAACUUGUAAUGGAGGGGCUGUUCUGUUGUCUGUACAGGGGCAGGUAUUCCCCACACCAGCGUCACUCUCAGGGACCGCUAUUGUAUUCUCUGCAGCAGAAAGCACCCAACUGCUGACAGCUAUUUCAGGAGCUGUUGUUGGAGAGAGUGUUUCCGGUGUAACCCUAUCUUCUGGGGGAGCUGGAGACAGAUGGGGAGUGGUCUCAUUUCUAGCCCCUCCCUCUCAGAAAAGUAUAGAGAACCUCAAAAGUGUGGUCAAAGCAAUGAGUGUAGUCACAUUUCAAUGAACAACAUUUUUUCUAGAAAAAAAAUUUUCAUUCCACAAAUCUCUAGAACUACGCAAGUGAUAAACCAUUCAUAUAUUUCUUAGUUAUUGUUAAAGCAUAGGGACCAUUUUGUUACAAAAUAAACAUCUAGAGUCAAACAUGUCAAAGGUUUUGGGAUCAAAAUGACAUUCUUGUUAACCUUAUUUUAUUUUUACAGCAUUUCUGUUAUUGUUUUUUUUUUUUUUUGGAAACGUGCAAAGAAAAUCAGGUUUGAGAAUAAAUUGAGGACAAAAAUUGA